GUUCAGUUUGUCAUAACAAAUUGUCGAUACAGUUUACGAUUACCCAGGCAAACAAAUAUUGAAUACCUAUCUGUGAUGAAAAAUUUUAUUGACUAUCUUGAACAAUGCCUCACCGAAUCUGGGUUCAGAGGAACUGUUGCUGCUGUUAUGUAUGGGACAUGUUCUGUCUCCAUGGCAUUUAUAAACAAAGCAUUGAUGACAUCAUUUGAAUUUGACUACCCGGUCUUCAUCAUGGUGAUGCAGAUGCUAUUUACUAUUACACUCUUGGAGGUUUUAUCCUGUGUGAAUCUCAUUGACAUGCCACGAUAUACCUUACAACGUGGAAAGUCAUUUGCAUUACCUGCCUUCUUUUAUGGAGUGAAUUCAGUUUUAGGACUUAGUGCACUAAGUCACAUGAAUGUUGCCAUGUAUGGUGUUCUCAAAAGAUGUGUUCCUCUUGUGACUAUGUUUUUGUCUGUAGCUGUUUUGAGAAAACCUGUUCCAAGCAAAACAACAAUUUUAUCAGUUAUUCUUUUGACUAUGGGAUGUGUUAUAGCUGGUUAUGGUGAUUUGAAGUUUAACUGGCUGGCCUAUACUUGUGGAGCCUUAAGUAACCUGUCACAGUCUCUGUAUCUCCUCCUUGUACAGAGAUACUGUGAGAGGGACAUCAGCACGGUGGAAACCCUCCAACUCAACAGCGUCAAUACCCUGCCAUUUCUAACCAUUUACAUGUUCCUUAAUGGGGAAAUAUUCAUGGUUACAAAUUACAGUACAGGAAAGCCUUUGACCUUUUUCAUAGUUUUCCUUCUUGCUGUAAGUAUGGGCUGUCUUCUAAAUUAUACCUUAUUUCUGUGUACCAGUUUAACAUCAGCAUUGACUACUAGUGUUGUUGGUGGACUUAAGGCCAUGGUGCAGACUUUAUUUGGGUUGUUUACUUUUGGAGGCAUCAGCCACAACUUUCCUACCUAUAUUGGCAUAUCAAUGAACUUAUCUGGAGGUGUGUGGUAUAUUUAUGAAAAAUACUCUGAAGGACAAAGAUCUGCUCCUGGAUCGCAUGUCAUGAAGAAAAUUACAAGUCUUUCUACAGCUGAAGAUUUUCAUAGACUUGCGACACUGCAAAAGUCUUUUGGUAACGGCAUGAGAUCUUCUGGUUUACAAUCCAUCUCAGAAGAAUCUCACCAGAGACAUCAUUCUCACUCGGAUGACACUGUGAUAUCAUUCGAACAAUCAGAUCCAAGAAGUUAACAUCAAUAAUUAAAAUUUGUUUAGGUUGACAAUUAGGUCAGUAAUUUCUAAUGUAGCUAAGCAUGUCCAUCCUCAGUCUGACUAAAGGCAGCCCCUACUAUCAUGACUAUUUCACUUUACAACAAAGUGAAAUAGUAGGGGCUGGCUUUAGUCAGACUGGUCCAUCCUCUCUGUACAUGCAUGUAUCCAUAUGAUGUUAUUGUAAAUGUUUUUUUUUUCUUUUGAUUUGACAUUUUAAUUUAUACUUGGGUGUGAGCUGUUUGUCUUCAAUACUUCUGCAUUCCAAAUUAUAUAUAUUUUAACUUGUUCCGGUAUCUAUAUUUUUCUAACCCCUUUUUAAACUCUUAUUGCCCUUGUAGUGUCUUUUUACUAUGCAGUAGAUUAUUUAAAUUUAAAUUUUAUCAUGAAAUCCAUCCAAUAUUACAAAUCUACAUUAUGUAUAAUUUUAAAAAAAAUGAACUAAAAUAUAGUUAAAGAUGAUUAUGAUGUGCCAUGUUAAGAUUUUAAAGUGUGAUUGUUACCUGUUAUGCAAUAUCACCUUGUUAACUAACCAUUGAAUACUAAAUAUUACUGUAAAAUCACAUAUUUUUGUGGGGUUAAAUUUUCAUGGUUUGAGGAAAAACUAUGGGUUCAUGGGGAAUUGAUUUCAUGGAUGAAGAACUGUUAUGUAUAUGACAUUUUACAUUUUGUAGUGGAAAUGAAUUCUUGGGUCUCUCCAUACCCCAAAAAACAACAAAAAUUAACCCCCAUGAAAAUAAGUGAUUUCACAGUAAUGGAGAUUUUUCUUAUAUAUUCAGUGUACUUUCACCUUGACCUCUCAAACUUUGAGAUAAUACAGUCAUGUAUAUGUACUAUGUAGAUGAUCAUGGGUGCUUCUAAGCAGAAAUGUUUAAUUUUAUUAUACAAAUUUAAUUACAUGUACCAUAAAAAAUGCAUUUUAGAAUUACAUAAAUUAAAGUUAUUUCAAGUCUUAUUUUGCUUAAGGUUCCAGUAAAGGCAAAUUUUUAUUUGUAGAAACCAUUGUAACAGUGGUGAAGUUGUUCAUCCCUGACGCUUGGCCAAAGGGGUGUUUUACUGUAUAUAAUAUCAAAGUUGAUUUUAGGGAAUCAAAUAUCAAUUUUUGAUUUGCUGUAAGCUUGCAUUUUUCCAACACAACAAAGUAUAGAGUUUAUGUCUCAUUCGAUUGAUCAUUAGGGAAAUCCUUCAUGUAUACAGGGUAUAUGUAGCACUGUAGUGUUAGUACUGUAGUGUUAGUACUGUAGUGUUAGUACUGAAGUCCAAGGCAUAUACAUGACACUAGCAAUUAUAGUGUAAGUGCUGUAGUCAAAUUCAUGGAAUUAAGCUACUGUUGCUGAAUGUCAAUUUCAGUAUUCCAGCAGAUCAAUAUUUUCCAUAUGUUAUCCAAACUAAAUGUGUAAUUUUAUUUUAGGCUUGAAAUGUAUAAUUUAUAAACAUUACAGGAAAAUUCAGGGAAUGCUAUUUGCAUUGAACUGUAACUUCAUCUUCAAAGUUAUAUAGGGGCAUUGUACAUUGUAUCUAUUUAUUAUCAAAGAUAUGAAUUUUUCUACCUGGCAGUCACAUUAAACUAUGAAAUGAGGAAACAAACACAGAUGACAAAGGUAAUUAGCAAAAGAACAAAUGUUAGCAGCUGGUGUCAAUAUUUUACAACUGGGAAAAUUACAAUUGAUUCUUCUGUAAUUUAUCUUGUGUGACAAAUAAAAUACUGAUAAAAUUCAA